AUGUCUAGUCACGAAGUAACUGCCUCCGGCAAUAUUUGUUGUAGAUGUAAGGAAAUAUCGUCGUCAUUGUAUAUAGAUUGCAUUGUUACGCAUUCCUUUAUGGUGGUAGGGAUGAGAUUUCGCGGUGACCAUAAAUUUAAGAAAUCAGAUACCAUCACUCUUGAACUGGAGCCUUCGAAUACGUAUGAUAAGAAUGCAAUAAAAGUUAUGAUAGAUGGUAUUCAUAAAGCCUAUGUGACAAAGAACGAGAAUGUAAGUAUAGGAGAUUUGAUGAAAAAAUACUCAAAUUAUCGGAUCACUGCUCAUGAAAAAAAGAACUAUAAUCAAUCGGCGUCUUUAAACCUCGAAUAUCCUUGGAUUGUUUGUGAAAGAUGUUGUGAUACACUACAAGCAUCGAGAGAUUAUGACUAUACUUAUUAA